AUGACUAAAUUAGUGUUGGCUGUAUUUUGCUUUCUAACUUUUUUCUCGAAUAAUGUGAGUUCAGUCUGUGUGGACAAAAACGCUUUAAAUGUAGUGAAUGCUACGGUUCACCAAUCUACAAGUCAAAGAGGUUUCAACGUGUUCGACACAAAUUUUUAUCUUCUGGAUACUUACGUUACGAUCGAUAUACUCAACGCCAACGUGACAGAUCUUUGUGAAGGUAUGAUAAAAAACUUUCCCAGUUUGAAAGGACUUUCUUUGAUUAACGUCAACUUAUCCAAAAUCCAACCAAACGCUUUCCAGAAGGUUCCAGUGUUACAGACAUUAUCACUAGCUAUCAAUAAUCUCACCGAGAUAGUUAAGGGAUCUUUCGAUAACCUUGGUUCGUUGGAAGUUUUGUAUUUAUCAGGAAACAGAAUAUCAUACAUAGAAAGUGGGGUGUUCCAUAAUAUGAAAAAUUUACGAGAUAUAUACUUGGAUAGAAAUGAAAUAGUGGAAGUCAGUGGCAACUUAUUUAGCGCAUGUCCGAAAAUAAAAACAGUCAACUUUGGAUUCAAUUUAAUCAAAAAAAUUGUUAAAACAUCUUUCCAAGAUUUGAGGCCUGAUAACGAAGAUCCUGUCAUUAUAUAUCUCAACAGCAACCAAAUUAAUGAAGUGGACGCUUCAGCAUUUGAAAUGAACAACCCGGUACAUCUACAUUUGGAGAACAAUUUAAUCAGUACACUAACCGAUUUAUUACAUGUGGUGAAAGAAGACAGUAAGGUAUAUCUCAAUAAAAAUCAGUUUUCUUGUAUUCCGGAUGAAGUUAUUGAAGAAACUACUACUAAUAAAGAAGUGUACCUCUUGGACAAUCCUUUAGAUUGUGAAUGUGUCGAUAGAAUUGAUCAGAUUUUGGAAGGAGAGAUGUACAGCACAGGAAAUAUUGUAUAUAAUAGUACUUUUCCUUGUCAGUUUUUAGCUGCAACUAGUUUUUAA